CUUCUCUCUCUCUCUCUGUCUGAGCUCCAUUCAGAAAGUACUAGAAUAGACUGCUGCUUGAGUCAGGCAUGAGACGCAAAUCCGAGCACCUUUUGGUUGUGCGGUGAAAGUUAAUAGUAAAACUCGUAAACAGACUUACACACUUAACACAAGUCUUACAGAAAGUUUGCAGAGAGCAAGCUGGCUAUUUGAGCUAGCUGAGCCGCCGUACACACCAUCACUUAGCUCCGUGUUUUCAGAAUAGCUUCAGUGCGGGUUCAUUUGCGUCUUUUGGAGCCCAUCUCCACGGUUAAGUCCUAACAGUCGUCAUUUUCCAAUCAGUUCAAACUGAAAUUAAGGAAUGGCACUGGACUUUGCAGCAGGAUGUAUUGGAGGUGCUGCUGGUGUAUUGGUUGGACAUCCUUUUGAUACCGUUAAGGUGGGUUCAACUUUUAUUUAUUUUUUUUAGGUUGCUCAAAUCCAAUUCACAAUGUUGAUGUCUGAUAUUGAUUGAUCUGUUAUUCUGUCACAGCAGAAAAAUUCUAGUGGAGUGAGCAAAGCUCCAGAAUGAGCCUGUGACAAGAAAAUGAAAAUGUUCAUUUCAUUCGUACAUGGAAACUAGGAGAUUUUUUUUUUCUUGCAGGUUUCCUUUUUAAAAAAAACAAACAAAAAAAAUCCAUCACAUAGGUUGGCUUGAGGUUUUGGUUGUGGGUUAAUGUGUCACAUGCGAGCAUGCACUAGCUGAGCUCUUUUCAUGUUUUGGCUCUGCAGUGUGUUUUGGUCUAGCAGAUAUGUACUGUUUGUUCCAACCACAGAUUAGAUUUCUCAUCAUUUUGAAUGCUCUCCAAAGUGCGCACACGAGUGAAGGACUCCCAGUUCUGGCUCAGAGCGUAAUUGCAAUUAAUCUUGAGAUUGGAAUGUUAAGAAUGAUCUUUUUCGUAAUUGUAGGAUCAUGUCAAAUCAUACAAGUCCCAUUCGAUCAAAUUAGACAGUAGAUUUCUGUAGAAAAUGUAUUGACAAGAACUCGGUCUUUUAUACUGAUCCUUUCAUCUGUACUGUGGUUCCAUGUAUGCAUAAACGUUUAGUGAAAUGCUCGGGAAAUAUAUCUGGGGAAAGUCAUUCAUUAAUAUUCUUUUUAAACAGUAUUUGUGUUCGGUAUGUAUGUUAGGUCAGUAUUAUGGAUUUCAAAGAUAAUGCUAAUAACUUAUUUAUUUAUUAUUAUUUCUUUAUAAUGAAAUUAAUUGUUGUGGAUUCUAACCGCCACAGAGAGUGGGUUCAGAGCUUUGAGAUACAAUGUGUUUCAUGGCCGCUGUCCUGCUUUUUUCCUGUGUUCAUUGUAAACCCUGCUACAGGGGCUGUCUUUCACGGCAUAAGUGUUACUUUGUUGUAGAUGAGGGUGAGGGAUUUACAACCCCUGCACGGAUUGGUAACCUAGUAAGUACAGUCAAGGUAAGACUCCAGGUACAAAACAUAGACAAGCCCCUGUAUCGCGGAACGUACCACUGCUUCCAGUCUAUCGUUCAUCAAGAAUCUAUAUUUGGACUCUACAAAGGUAUCGGGUCCCCAAUGAUGGGCCUGACUUUCAUCAACGCUAUUGUAUUUGGUGUACAGGGCAACGCAAUGCGCAUGCUGAGCAAAGAUACCCCUCUUAACCAGUUUCUAGCAGGAGCGGCAGCAGGGGCUAUCCAGUGCAUCAUUUGUUGCCCAAUGGAGCUAGCCAAGACUCGCAUGCAGAUGCAGGGCACAGGAGAGAAGAAGUCGUCCAGGAAAACAUACAAGAACUCGUUGGACUGCUUAGUUCGCAUCUACAAGAAAGAGGGCAUUCGGGGCAUCAACCGUGGCAUGCUGACCACCAUUAUCCGUGAGACACCAGGAUUCGGAGUGUAUUUCCUGUCCUAUGAUGUCCUGACGCGUUCACUGGGAUGUGAAGCAGACGACCUCUACAUCAUUCCUAAGCUGCUCUUCGCAGGGGGCAUGUCUGGGAUUGCUUCCUGGUUAUCUACCUAUCCGGUGGAUGUUAUUAAGUCCCGCCUCCAGGCUGAUGGCGUAGGUGGAGUUAAUAAAUACAGUGGAAUUAUGGACUGUGUCCAUCAGAGCUGGCAAAGGGAAGGUUGGAGGUUUUUUACUCGAGGUCUUACCUCUACUCUUCUCAGGGCUUUCCCUGUCAACGCUACCACGUUUGCCACAGUGACUCUGUUCCUCAUGUACAUGCGAAACGAUGGCGGCGUGAAAGACUGCGAGCCUGAGCAUCAGCCUGUACAGCAAACACAGCUCCAAACCACAAGCCUUUGAUUGGAUGCUCCGAUCUCCAAUAUUUGGGCUCUUCACCCAGAAUAAUUAUUAUACAGCGUCUGUAUAAUAAUUUCAAUCUCCCCCACCCCAUAUGAAACCUGUUGGGAAUUCUAGUUCCCUUAUUAGCAGUUACACUAGAAACAGUAUCAGCAAAAUUGUACCAGCUUUCAAAGGGUCUUUACAAGGAGUAGCACUUUGUGUUACGUGCUUGUGGAAUUUCCUUUUUUCAAGUUGACCCAAGGUUCUGAAAAUUUUUUUGUCAUGUUUACCUCUACAAUGAGAGAGGGUUCAUGCUGCUACAAUUUGUUUUGUUUUUUUUUAACUCAAUGUCCACAGGAUGCAUGUUCUAGUCCAGGAAUUUGGAUUAAAUCAAGUUUGUAUGGGGAAAAUUGUGAACAAGCAAAAAGGCUAAUGCUAACCUGUAUUAAACUGACUGGAGGUCAAGAGGAGGGGGGCAAGUCCAUUUCAUAGAAAGACAGAAGGCUUUGGGUCCAAAAAAAGGAUUACUCUGUCAUCACUAAGUCCUUCGGCAGAAAUGACAAAAAGAUCAACAGCUUUUUUUCAUUUGCAGAAGUGGUUAUUCAUACACGUUGCAGCGAUAACAGACUCCGCUCUUCUGGGAAGGCUUUCCACUAGAUUUUGUUGCAUGACCGUGACUGUGGGGAUUUGUAUUUAUUCAGCCACAAGAGCAUUAGUGAGGUUAGGCAUUGAUGUUGGGCGAGGAGGCCUGGGGUGCGCAAUCAGACUUCCAGUUCGUCCCAAAGGUGUUCCGUGGAGUUGAAAUCGGGGUUCUUCCACACCAACCUCAGCAAGCAAUGGCCCCGUUCACACCCGGCAUUAUGAAUGCGUCUCCACUUGUGCAAAGACUUGUUUUAUGACGGUCAGUCUUCCUUUGCAUUUAUUCUCAAGCAGAAAUGUCCCUCCAAUCAUGCUGCAUGUACCUUUUAUGGACCGUUUUAAUCAUGUGAUCUGCUAGCGAAACUUACAAACGAGUGAGAGUUAAGAUGAGAAAUUAAACUAUAUGAAAAACACUUGCUGUCGUCUUUGCUGUCAUAGCAUCGCCUUUAUGGGUUAGCCUGGCGAUGGAGAGCUCCAUCAUUCUGCAGCAUUUCCAAACAGAAUCGCAACAAGUACAUAUUUUUCCAGCUAGGGCAAUGAUGCAGUCGAGUAGACGGCCCUUUGUAUGCAUUUGCAUUCAUACUGCAAAUGUGAUGUGGCCAUAUGCGUCCCAGACCACCUCCGAAUGUGGUUUGAGUGAUCGGAUCACAAUGUGUCUUUGAGACGCGUUUGACCCCAUUCCGAUCACCCAAGAUGCUUAUUAAUGCCAGGUCUUUAUGGACCUCGCUUUGUGCACAAGGGCACUCUCAUGCUGGAACGAGUUUGGGCUAAGCCCCUUAGUUAUAGCAAAGAGAACACUGCUGAAACGAUUGUGUGCUUCCAAUAUCAUGGCAACCAUUUGGCAAAGGUAUGAUGGCCAGGCAUGCACAUACUUUUCUACCUGUAGUGCAUCUGCAAUGGAGGCAUUCUGUGUAUGUAGAAAAUGGUGCUGCUGAGCUUCUAAACAGCUACAUUUACUGACAUUUGUUGUCAACGUCGCGAUCAGUAGUGUAUAGCUUUGAUCUCUUGUCCGUUUUUUUUUUUUUUUUCCUCCGUUGCUACUGGCAUUCCGAAGAAAGGAUGUAUUCUGAUUUGACGAUAAACCUCAAAGCCUUUAACGUGUUCACAUUCAGCAAGUGAUUACUGUGAACUGGUUCACCGCUCAUUUGCUGAAAAAUACAUAUUCACACAGUAUUUCUGUACGGUACGGUUACAGAUGGAUCUGGUUAAGUGGAACACAUCUCUAAAUCAUUACACAGUAGCACAACACUUUUGUAAUUUGUAACAUUAUUUUAAAAGUUCAAAGAUAUCUGAAGUGCACCUUACUUCUUUCAAUUAUUCCCUUACCUUUUCUUGCUUUGUUACCCACUUGAGAUACUGUUUUAUCAUCAUCUUAGUUGCUGGAGCAUUAUUUUAGUACUGUGGAAUUAUUUUAAAUAGUGUGUCCGGUUGCAAUAAGCUUAAAGAAUCUCUGCAGUGACUUACUUACAGGCAUGUGUUUAGUGAUGCAUUUUUGUUUUGGGUGUUCUUGUUGGUGUUUAACUCUUAGCAUCUGAAAGGCAAAAAUACCUUUUCUUUUUUUUUCAUUUUUUUUUUUUUUUUAAAAAAAGGUCUCACAUUCAUGUGUAUAAUUAAUCAAGAUCAUUUUUGAUCAUUUAGUUCUGUCUGUUUUUACAUUGUCUUCUCUCACAUGGAAAAUGAAAUUGUGAAUACUGUUAUACUUUCAUGAUUGUACAAAAUGGUAUUUAUUAACGAAUUAAAGGGUAAUGGAAUUA